AUGGACCGGGUGGUCAAGUUGUCUGUGGAAUUAGCUGUUUGUGCGGUUUGUCCAUUCCCAGGAUCGGGAUCGAUUCGGUGGCCAUUCAUUUCACCAGAAACACGUCUCGUGAAGAUGGUCGAUGUACCCGUGGAUGUGCUGCUUUCCGUACCGAUGUUUCUGCGGUCUUAUCUACUAUGCCGAUUUAUGGUUUUGCACAGCAAACAGUUCCAGGUAAGAUUAAGCUGA